CUCUUUCCCGGUCAUCUUCGAUAAGAUGUCAUACAGGCCUUGCGCAUCGCUGUGUUUCGUGAACCGGUCUGUCCAACUUGUCCCAACUUUCUAAAAAUAUUCCGCCAAUCAGCACGCAGCAUUAAGAGUGGCGGAGACACAUUCCUGGCAUUCGCGUUGUCUAAACCAAUGCAUAUAUCACAUCCCCGAGGAGAAAAAGAAGGAGAAGAAAAAAAAGAAGACAACGUCGAAAAUCUAAUUAUAUACCUCCACUCCCACAAAAGGGUGAAAACGCAUUCUAAGAGUGUGCUGGUCGAGAUGCACUUGCCAUUGUCUGGGGUGACCGCGUAGCCAGUGACAUCAGUCCUAAUAUUCCAGUUCCUACUCCUCGCCGGGGCCAUCUUUACAUAGGCUUAAUACAUUCUUCUUGUUUCCUGAACGUGUGUUUUAUUAACCUUAACUAUGGCGACCAAAUCAGCCCCUAUGGGUGACCAACGUUAUAAUCAGAUGAAGAUCGAGUCAAAACGUGACCCCGACCUCGAACGUCAGUGCAUCGAAUUCAUUGUCCACCACACAGGCGAGACAGUCAACACCUUUGAUGACCUAAAGAACGGAGUCAUCCUCUGCAAGUUGAUAAACUCAUUAAAACCCGGCGCAGUAAAGAAAGUAGAGAACGCAACAAAAAAUACAUUCGCAAAGAGGGCAAACCUCGAAUCCUUUAUCCACGGAUGCAAGACAUUUGGACUAAAGGACCAAGAAGUCUUCCAAGUCAACGACCUUUUCGAGAACAAGAACAUCCCACAGUUCACACAGUGCAUUGUCGCUCUUGGUCGUUAUGCCCAAGGCAUUCCUGGCUACGACGGCCCCAUCCUAGGACCCAAACAAUCCGAGGAGAACCAACGUGAAUUCACACAAGAACAGAUGGACGCUGGCAAGCACAUGAUCGGACUUCAAAUGGGACAGAACAAGGGUGCCUCACAAGCUGGUGGUGACUUUGGCAGGCCACGACAGAUCCAUUCAGAGUUCAAAUAAACGGCCUACUACGUCACUAGCAUGUGACCUCGUAAAGAUUUCAACUUGGCGUCGACCAGCAUCCGCGGGAACAUAGCGAAAGACAUCCGGAGUCUUCCAGUUUUCACUACUUUCAAAAUUUGCGAACUGCUCGACCUAACGUAGUUACCGCUUUUUGUUAAUGACGAUAAUAAGGAAUCUAUCCCGAUUUUUUAUUUACGGCAAUUCUAGAAUUGCUAAUUAUUUCAGUCUCUGAAUUAAAGUUAGAAAAAUAUGUCGACGCUAUUAGCAACUGGUCAGAAUAUAAUUGAGGCAAUAAUAGAACUUUAGGGAAAACAGAUUGUUGUCAAGCUAUUAUUUUCCAAGCCAUUAAAAAAACAUUUUCAUAAGUGAAUCUGGAAUAUGGAUUAAAAAAGUAUCACUCUGAAAAUGAAAAUAAGAAAGCUUUUAUAACUGAUUUGUAUUUAUUUCAUUGCAUAUUCUGACGAUAUGGCAACGUUCAAGUUAUUUGUAUGAAAAGAAGUAUUUAUGUAAUUUUUUCACAAUGUCUUUGCUUUUGUUCGGGGCUAAUAGCACUCCGGUACUGUAUUGCAUGAGUUAAUUUGACAAUGAAUAACUAUUUUUUUUUUCUGUAAUGUUGAAAAUAUUGAUGGAUAUACUUAUUUCAGUGGUAGAAUAGUACGUAUUUGUUCUUAGCUUUUUUACAAAAAAAAAAGAUGACAGUGCUUGUGGUUAUACAUGCUUUUGAUGAAAGAUUACUAAUAAGGGCUUUGGUGCGAUUAGAAAAAAAUAAACGAUUUGGUAAAUGAAAAGAAGCGGAAAAGAAAUCGGAGCAUGUAUGAUGGAACCUGGAGUAUAACGGUUACAGAACAAAGCCAUUAUUUAUUAUUUGAAAUAUUACUGUAUCAAAUGCGUGUUCUGUCUCUCCGUCAGUGAAUUAUUUUACAAAAUGUUAAAAUGCUGGUAUGUUAAUAUAAAUCAAGCAAUUAGUCUUACAUAUUGUGUUUUUCUUUUAUACAAGCUCUGAUGGAGGUGUCGAGACCUGGUUGACUUCCAGCAUUUCCAGGUCACGUGAUCAGUAUGUUUAUAGAUUGUAAAUGACGUUAUCGGAUGAAAACCCAAUAAACACAUCACUGUGAUAAAUUAUUGUGCCCCUAA